AUGAAUUACUCCAUGCUUCUUAUUUUCCUUUGGAUACUCCCAACUUUCGUGUCAUUAUCGUUCAACGUCAACACCACUAGCGCGUCAACCUCCGUCGUCGAAAAACUCUGCAACAAAACCCUCAAUCCGAGUUUCUGCACGGCCGUUCUUCGGUCCAAUCAUAGGUCCCAAAACGCAAGCGCGUUCGAUCUCGCCAUACUAGUUGUUGAUUUGGCAUUGGCCAAUGCAACGGCUACGAUAGCCAAGAUCCACUCUCUUUACCGAUCGGAGGCCAAUGCCAGUUUGAAGUACUACUUUGCGUUAUGUGAAGCAUAUUAUGAAGAAUCUUUGGUUUUUCUUGGAGUUGCAAGAGAACAUCUCUAG